UUUAGGAAAUCGGGAAAAUUGGUUGAAAAUCGAAAAUUGUAUUAAAAAUAUAAAAAAAAACAAUCAAUAAUACUAGACUUGUAAUAAUAAAUAAACUAAAUUUUAGUAACGACAACAUUAACAAACAAAAACUAAAACAAAUGGUUUAAUUAAAGCGCCAACCGGUUUUUUAACACUUCUGGAAAUUAUCUAAUCUCUGAGCUACAAAAACAAUUUGAAUUCACUUUCUCAACUGGAAUUUUUCAUUAGACUGACAAAAUGUUACCUGCCACUAUAUUUCGCCAAGUUUCCCGACACCACAAUGGUCUCUGCAAGGGUCUCACAGAGUUGGUAGGCGGUACAAAAGCCUCCUCGUUUCCUCCCUCCACUUCUGUGAUCAACUGUCUAAAUCGAUAUGCUGCUGCUACUGGAUUCAUACGCAUAUCAUUCUUGGAUAUUAAUCAAUAUCGUAAUUGGGAUGUGGCCACUUUGCGUAUGUAUGCCGAUAGCAAAAAACAAUCCCUGCACAUGAAAACACUAAAGGGCCGUGACAUUUUACAAGGAGUCAUCGAUAAGAAACGCGUAUCAUUUAUAGAACGUAAAAAUGUUAUUGUCGAAGAUAUCCGUGAGGCCAAGCACAAGGUGCAAGAGCGGAUGCGGGAGAAAAUGGAAGAGGUUUAUGAAAAGGAAAAUAUUAUGACCAUACCCAAUUUGUUGACCAUGAGUCGUAUGAUUUUAUCACCUUAUAUUGGCUAUGUGAUUGUGGAUGGUCAUUAUGGUAUGGCCAUGAGUUUGUUGGCGGUAGCGGGUAUAACAGAUUUGCUUGAUGGGCAAAUUGCCAGAAGAUGGCCCAGUCAAGCCAGCAAGGCUGGCUCAUUUUUAGAUCCGGCUGCCGAUAAAGUGUUGAUGGGUUGUUUGGUAAUUUCUAUGGGUUAUUGUGAUCUACUGCCAUUGUGGUUAGCUGGUGUUGUGCUGUCUCGUGAUGUGUUCCUAAUAGCUGCUGGUUUCGUUAUACGUUAUAUUAGUUUGCCACCGCCACGUACCUUUUCUCGUUAUUUUGAUGCCACACAUGUUACUGCUCAAUUAGAGCCGACAUUUAUAAGUAAAGUUAAUACUGGUGUGCAAUUAGCAACUGUUGGCAUCAGUUUAGGUGCUCCUGUUUGGCAAUAUAUGGAUCAUGUGGCUCUUCAUGGUCUUUGGUAUUUAACAGGUGCCACCACAGUAGCAGCUGCCUUAAGCUAUAUAGUUAAUAAGAAUACUUUUAAAAUUUUAGCAAAAAAUACCUCCCCCAAAAACUCCAACAAGACGUAAAAAGAAGCGGUAUAAGUGAAAAAAACAACGAUGAAACAAAGCUUCCGUUUUAUAGACGCCUUAGCUCAAGCUACUAAGCUUUAACUACCAAUAUCCUUUGAUAAUAUCAGUAAUCAUUUACCCCGCCUAAAGGGAUUGUCCUUUUUUAAUUCUUUAAGGAAAGUAUAUUUUUUGUUAUUUUUUUUCAUUUUAUUAGUUUAUAUUUAAUUAUUGAAAGGAAAUUUUUGUUUAAUUUGAAUUUAGUUUUAAAGUUUUCCAUAGAUUUUUUUUCUUUCCUUUUCGCUAUUUUUUUUUUUUUUGUUUUUAAUUAUUUCUAAGGACUGAAAUUUUCUUAAAGAAAACAAAAUGACUAUUGUAAUAAAGUUUGCAUAUAAGAUUAGUUGUUACACCUUGUUCAUAUCAA